UACAGUUUUCAUUUUUCAUUUUAUUUUCUGUUUCCUAGUAAAAAUUUUCAUAGUGAAUUCGUUGAUAAAAAAACUCCGCAAUAUAUAGAUUCGACAUGCUUUAUCUGGAAUAUCCCUGAAUAUAUAGUAUUGCAAUGCAUGUUGCUAGGUGGGGGUAAGAGAUGUAUAAAAGCGACGUGUGUCGAUUAUCGAGGUCACUCGUCAACUGGAACUGUUGAGCGGUACGCGUGUUUUCAACGUGAAAGUUUUUAUCGUUGCAUAAGAUUAUAUCGAGAUAACUUGUGCAUUUUGACAAAAAAAGUUUCUAAAAGAGAUCAGUGAAACAAAAGUGUGUAUUUAAUUAUUAUAAACUGGCGAUCAAAAACGAAAGAAUUCCAACUUUUAGUGAAGUGUGUAAGAGAGUACUAGAAAAUAAUAAAUCGACAAGUAAGCAGAGACAAAUACUCACAGAUAUGACACGUUGCCAAAGUCUACAAUCCUAUGCAUCCUCUACAAUGUCUGAUAGUGGAAACUUAUCGUGGACCGAACAAAAAGAAAUAUUUAGAUAUCCUAGAGGCACUAUAACGUGCGGUAUGUUACCAACAUUACGAGCUCUAGCAUCCAAGGAAUGCGAGAAUAAUCAGAGUAUUAUUUGUCUUGUACCUUUCGAUACGGAUAUGGAUUCUGCCAGUCACCUGCAAAUGAUCUUGCUGGAGGCAUAUUGUCGUGAGACAGGGAUUAAGGUGUUAAGAGUAUCCAGAGAAAGAAUACGAAACCAUUUAUGUCCUGAAAGCGGCGAUUUAUCCUGCGUACUCAUCUCCAAUGACGAUCCAUACUUCUUAGAUACACCGGAAUGAAUUUGAAACAUGUUCAUUUAUCAAGAAUGAAUUUUUUUCGACUGGAUGCAGUCACAUAAUAUCAAGAAGUUCUGAAAAAGAAUUCGAUAUUGAAUUCGAUGUAGAUGGCAGGAAACACAUCUUCAAUAGACAUUUUCGAUACAGAGAGAGAAAUCGAUUAUAAAGUUCAACUCGAACAGAGCAUAUCGAUAACGAAGAUUAACAUUCUAAAAAUAUAACAAAAAUUAUAUUUAUAUAUAUCUCGAUUGCGAUAAGCGAUUUUAAUCGCUAAAAUUGUUCAAAGAAAAAG